AUGUUUUUCAAAGAAACUCAAGGCAAGCCUCUCCAAUUCGGUAUUACUGCCGCUUGUGGUGCCGGGUUCCUCCUUUUUGGCUAUGACCAAGGUGUCUUCGGUGGCUUACUCGACAAUGAGCCUUUCCUUCGGACCUUCGGGAACCCUGGUGCCACGAUCCAGGGCCAGAUUGUGGCGACUUACGAUAUAGGCUGCAUCAUUGGCACCUUGGUAUCUAUGUUCUUCGGUGACAAACUGGGUCGCAGACGAUGUAUUCUCAUCGGGUGCUGUAUCCUGAUUGUCGGUGCUGUGUUACAGACUGCAUCUUACUCCCUGGCUCAAAUGAUUGUGGGCCGUGUGGUGGCGGGUAUAGGGAACGGCAUGAACACAAUCGCCAUUCCCAUCUGGCAAUCGGAAACCGCUCGAGCAAAUGACCGUGGAAAGCUCAUUGUCGCUCAGUUAGUGACGAAUAUAUUCGGGAUCGUGAUCACAAAUUGGAUGAACUAUGGUUUCACCUUCAUCCCGCACUCCGCUGUGAGCUGGCGGUUCCCACUUGCCUUCCAGUGUUUCUUUGCAAUCGUCACCAUCUCCCUGGUUCUCGUCACCCCGGAGUCUCCUCGUUGGCUAGUGAUGAAAGAUCGUGUCAGCGAGGCACAAAAUAUCCUCGCACGACUCCUGGCGAAAUCGGAGAACGACCCUGCAGUGGUCGAUGAGAUCCAGAAGCUAGUUGCUACGGUCCACCAUGAGGCAGAUUUACAGAAAUCCAGUGUCCUAAAAGAAAUUUUCGCCAGCAACAACAAGCAACAAACACUCCGUCGAAUGCUCCUCGGAGCAGGAACUCCCUUCUUCCAACAAGUUGGAGGAACAAAUGUGAUUGCAUACUACUUGCCUAUUGUUUUGACGCGAAGUGUUGGGCUCAGUAACCGCAUGGCCUUGAUUCUGUCCGCGGUCGACUCGAUGUCGUUGAUGUUCUGGGGUUCGAUGGCCGCCUUGGUCAUCGACCGAGUUGGCCGGAAACGCCUGAUGUUGAUGGGUGUCUCUGCAAGCAGUAUAUGCUUCGCACUGGUCGCCGUCGGACUACGCUAUGGCGGAGCUGACAACAGAGGCAUGUCGAUCCUCGCCGUCGUAUUCAUCUUCAUGUACUAUGUUUUCUACGGCAUGUCACUCCUCUCUAUUCCGUACAUGUACCCGGCAGAAAUCAACUCCCAGAAGAUGCGAAACAUCGGUACCUCAUUCGCUACGACGGUGAACUGGGUCUUUGUCUAUAUGGUGGUCGUGGUCACGCCCACCGCCAUCGAAAAUAUCCAGUGGAAGUAUUACAUGCUCUAUGCCAUCUUCAACUUCUGCUUCAUUCCGGUUAUCUGGUGGUUCUACGUUGAGACUGCCAAUCUCUCCUUGGAACAGAUCGACCGUGUGUUCGAGAUCAAACAUGAAGCCGGGAAGGAUAUGAGCUGGCCUGAGGCGACGAGGAUUGCGCGCACGGAGACACCAGUUGGGUUUAGUGUUGAUACAGGGAAAUUAGCUAGUGAGGCAGAACAUUGUGAAGUUGUGGCUUGA